AAUCCUGGAAGCCAGGGUCAGGCAGGGGAAGCUGUGCAAGGUCUUCCUGUUUUUUUGGCCCUGACCGUUAGAGCCCGGCGUUCUGGGGCUGAUGUUCCUGCUGUCGCCCCCCAUCUGCUGGGGCUUGGGAUCCCCAAGACUCAAGGGCAGGGCAGGCCAGGGUGACAUCUCUGCUGCCUGCAUGGGAAAACUGAGACCCAGAGCUUGUUGGAGAUUGACAAAGCUGCUGAGAAUUCCAUGUUGGGUGUCUUGAACCUGGACUGCACCCCUUUCUGGUGUCACCUGUGGCCACCUGGUCCUCACCAUGUGGACCCCGAGAGUGCCCCCUCUCCUCCCGACCCAUCUGCUGCUCCUGCUGUUGCUCCUGGGGGUUGCCCACGGCCUUUUCCCAGAAGAACCGCCUCCACUCAGCGUGGCUCCCAGGGACUACCUGAGCCACUACCCUGUGUUCGUGGGCAGCGGGCCUGGUCGUCCAACCCCUGCAGAGGGUGCUGACGACCUCAACAUCCAGCGGGUGCUACGCGUUAACAGGACACUGUUCAUCGGGGACAGAGACAACCUGUACCAGGUAGAAUUGGAGCCGGCCACAUCCACGGAGCUGCGGUACCAGCGGAAGCUGACCUGGCGCUCCAAUCCCAGCGACAUCGAUGUGUGCCGGAUGAAGGGCAAGCAAGAGGGAGAGUGUCGGAACUUUGUCAAGGUGCUCCUGCUUCGUGACGAGUCCACGCUCUUCGUGUGUGGCUCCAACGCGUUCAAUCCUAUCUGUGCCAAUUACAGUAUGGACACGCUGCAGCCUGUCGGGGACAGCAUCAGCGGUAUGGCCCGCUGCCCCUAUGAUCCCAAACACGCCAAUGUUGCCCUCUUCUCAGACGGGAUGCUCUUCACAGCCACGGUGACUGACUUCCUAGCCAUCGACGCCGUCAUCUACCGCAGCCUCGGGGACCGGCCCACGCUGCGCACCGUGAAGCAUGACUCCAAGUGGUUUAAAGAGCCUUACUUCGUGCAUGCAGUGGAGUGGGGAAGCCACGUUUACUUCUUCUUCCGGGAGAUUGCCAUGGAGUUUAACUAUCUGGAAAAGGUGGUGGUAUCCCGUGUGGCCCGUGUGUGCAAAAAUGAUGUGGGCGGCUCCCCGCGGGUGCUGGAGAAGCAGUGGACCUCCUUCCUGAAGGCCCGCCUCAACUGCUCGGUGCCUGGGGACUCCCACUUCUACUUCAAUGUCCUGCAGGCUGUGACGGGUGUGGUGAGCCUGGGUGGCCGUCCGGUGAUCCUCGCUGUCUUCUCAACCCCCAGCAAUAGCAUCCCCGGCUCGGCUGUCUGCGCCUUCGACAUGAACCAAGUGGCUGCUGUGUUCGAAGGUCGCUUCCGAGAGCAGAAGUCCCCUGAGUCCAUCUGGACGCCAGUGCCUGAAGACCAAGUGCCACGGCCCAGGCCCGGAUGCUGCGCGGCUCCUGGCAUGCGGUACAAUGCAUCCAGUGCCCUGCCUGAUGAGAUCCUCAACUUUGUGAAGACCCAUCCACUGAUGGACGAGGCUGUACCCUCCCUGGGCCAUGCACCCUGGAUUGUGAGGACUCUGAUGCGGCACCAGCUAACCCGAGUGGCUGUGGAUGUGGGUGCAGGCCCAUGGGGCAACCAGACAAUAGUCUUCCUUGGCUCCGAGGUUGGCACAGUCCUCAAAUUCCUCGUGAGGCCCAACUCCAGUGUCUCAGGGACUGCUGGGCCCAGCAUCUUCCUGGAGGAGUUCGAGACCUACCGGCCAGACAGGUGUGGACGACCCGGCAGUGGUGGUGAGUGGGGGCAGCGGUUGCUGAGUCUAGAACUGGAUGCAGCCUCCGGUGGCCUGCUGGCAGCUUUCCCCCACUGUGUGGUUCGUGUGCCUGUCGCCCGCUGCCAGCUGUACUCAGGGUGCAUGAAGAACUGUAUUGGCAGCCAGGAUCCGUACUGUGGAUGGGCCCCCGACGGUUCCUGUAUCUUUCUCAGACCAGGAACCAGUGCUGCGUUUGAGCAAGAUGUAUCUGGGGCCAGCACCUCUGGCUUAGGGGACUGCACUGGACUCUUGCGCGCUAGCCUCUCAGAUGAGCGCGCAGGGCUGGUGUCGGUGAACCUGCUGGUGACGUCCUCGGUGGCGGCGUUCGUGGUGGGAGCCGUAGUGUCCGGCUUCAGCGUGGGCUGGUUCGUGGGUCUCCGCGAGCGGCGGGAGCUGGCCCGGCGCAAGGACAAGGAGGCUAUCCUGGCGCACGGCGGCGGCGAGGCAGUGCUGAGCGUGAGCCGGCUUGGCGAGCGCAGGGGGACGGGGCCCGGGGGUCGUGGAGGAGCCGGCAGCGGCCCCGGGGGUCCCCCAGAGGCCCUGCUAGCCCCACUCAUGCAGAACGGCUGGACGAAGGCGGCGCUGCUGCACGGUGGCCCUCACGACCUGGACUCUGGGCUCCUGCCCACCCCGGAACAGACGCCGCUGCCCCAGAAGCGCUUGCCCACGCCGCACCCACACGCCCACGCCCUGGGGCCGCGAGCCUGGGACCACAGCCACGCGCUGCUGUCCGCCUCAGCCUCCACCUCCCUUCUGCUGCUGGCGCCCGCCCGCGCCCCCGAGCAGCUCCCGGUGCCGGCCGAGCCGGGCCCCGAAGGUCGCCUCUGCGCCCCCAGACCCGGCCGGGCCUCGCACCCAGUCGACUUCCCACUCACGCCCCACGCCAGCCCGGACCGCCGGCGGGUGGUGUCCGCACCCACAGGCCCCUUGGACCCAUCGGCUGGCGAUGGCCUGCCUGGGCCGUGGAGCCCACCCGCGACCAGCAGCCUGCGGAGGCCCGGUCCCCACGGACCUCCCGCAGCCGCGCUGCGGCGCACGCACACAUUCAACAGCGGGGAGGCCCGGCCCGGAGGUCACCGUCCACGCCGCCACCCACCCGCGGACUCUACGCACCUGCUGCCCUGCGGGGCAGGCGAGCGGACUGCACCCCCAGUGCCCUAGGCCGGGCAUACGCCUCGACGGUGCCAACCACAGAGACCGGGGCACCAGCCCAGGUCACUGAGCCCUGCCAGUGCCGAGUGGGGUGCGUUUGUCCUCCACGCAUGCGCGUGGGGAUCCCCUCGCCACAGGGAAGCACAAGACCCUCCGUCCUGGAGGGUGCAGGACACGGAGCCCCCGGGGUGGGCGGGAGGAGGCCGACCUUUGACCUUCUGCGCAUAGACUUUGAUUUUUGUUUAUUUCGAGUUGGGUUUUUUUU